UGAUUUCGCUUUGCUUGAGGGCUCCAGAACAUCGGAAAGGCCUUCAGUAAAUAUAUAUUUACCGGAGAGGAGGAGAGACGCUUCAAGGAGGAAAUAACACCAAGGCGUACGCCAUGCCUUGCUGCAUUGUAAAGUACUGUAAGAAUAGCAGUUCCAACGUCUACUCCAAGGGGUUAAAACUGCACACGUUUCCUCGCAAUCAAGAGAGAAUCAAGGAGUGGAUCGAGCGCAUCGGGCAAGGCCUGGACAAAGAUGAGACGUUCAUCGAAAAGAUCUUAACGGCCAAAACCAACCCUUUCCGGAUCUGUUCGGCCCAUUUCACCCCGGAUUGUUAUAUCGUCCAGGACGACAAGGUCACUCUGGCCGCGCAUGCCAUCCCCACCAUUUUUCCGCAGAGGGAAUCGGAUUCGUUGCUGAUGCUGAAUCACCCGCACCCGCCAACAAAGCGCUUCAGGCCGGACAUAUGGGGCGACCUGGUGACCGCGUCCAAAGGCUUACGCGACGCUUGCACCUCGACCCCGGUCAUAGAGAUGAAGAGCGUGAGCACCAGGACGGACCUGUACAACCAAAACCGGACCGCCGGCACGCAGUUCAACCGCUAUUACGGCAUGAAGAACGCGAGCGUCAGCACCAACCCCAAAUUCUUCAUGCGAAACAUCGGCUUAAACACCGACCAUCGUUACUGCACAAAAGAUGCCGGCACGUCGACGCGGACCGACGAUUCCACGCACCCGCUACCGGUGAGGAGUGCCGUCGGCGAGGUCUUUCGCCGCACAGAGCCGAUAAAGAUAAUACAGAUGGACGGGACCUGCGUGCAGGUCUUAUCCCGUCAGCAGUGGGGCGUGAAGGAGAUGCGGAAAGGGAAGGAGACAUCCGAGGCUUCGGGAUACGAGCCCAGCACGGCCAGCGACUCUUCUGACCUAAGAAUCGUGCAGAUCAAGCAAGAGGAAGAUUUGGCUGCUCUGGGCGGCCAGGAUCCGCAGCAUUCACCCAAAAUAAAACAAGAGCAGGAAGAGAUGGCCUGCGACCUCACCUUGCCCUGUCAAUCAUCAGAAAAGCCAUGUAACGCGAAGCAAGGAGAGGAUUUGGGGGCUAAGCCUGCGCCAGCCCCUCACCGGUCCUCUGGAUGUAACGUGAAAGAGGAGACAAGCGAACCCACCUCCUGUCCGUCGUCGGGAGCGCAAGUUACACGCAACGUAAGUCAGGAAGAGAAGGUCCCGGCUAAACCUGCGCUCCUGGGCGGCGGGGCUGAGCGAGAGACUGACGCCGCGUCAUCCGUACCUCGGCCGGCCGCCCAGAAUACGCAGCAGGGGAUGCCAGGCUGCUGCUGCGGGGCUUUUCACGAGGUCCUGGCCAGACUAGACACUUUAGAGAAAACCCUGCAGGCUAUUAAUUCCAAGCUGGAGGUUAUGGAGAGGCACUGAUUUACUGUUUUAAGCUUUUUUUAUUUUUAUUUUUUUAUUUUAUUUUUUUAAGAUGUUAAUAGCUAAUGAAACCAUCUUUAGUUCUUGGUUUUUAUUGGUUAGUUUACGGACGAAGCCUUCUUUAGAAUCUACAUAUUACCUUUGUCCCUCUCACUAACUGAGUAACUGAUAUCGUAAACUGGAGGAUAUAAACUUGGUGGAAAGACAUACUCGUAAUGCCUAAUCCGUGAUCGUGACACGUGAAGACAUACGGUAGCGUGUGCCAAGCGACGUUUACCUUCAACCAAGGAGUACCUUACGGCUAAGAUGUUUUGUUUAAGCGAGGAUCUUUUGUAUUGAAACAUCACUGGUGUUUCAUUCAGAGACACUGGGACUUAUUCACUAAAGAGGGAGUUGGAAGCACAGUCGUCUGACUUCAUUUUACAUUAUAAGAGGCGACCCCUGAGUUUCUGCUGCAGAAAGAGACCCUAUAAAGCAGAUUUAAAUUGAGAUUUUUUUUGUCCUCUUGUGGAAUAAUAUAUGCAUUAUCCAGGGCCAGCUGAUGGUCCCUUAUAAUACAUAGUGACUUCAUAGAGAGGAAUCCACAACCCUCCUACCGACCUUUGCGUUAAUGAAUAAACCUCACUGGUGUCUGUUUAUGGCGAGUUUAAUACUUGACAUAUAUCUAUAUAGGUUCUCCUGCAUGAAGGGACCGAGCUGUUUCCGUCUAGCUAAUUUGGGGUGAUUUCGCCGAUUUAACUACACAUGAAGCAGGGCCAGCUCAGCCCUUCUUGCAGGAAAAUCUCACUGUGUGUUGUGCUUUAUAAUGCAUGGUGACGUCAAUACCAGGUUUGUCGAAACAACUCAAAUUGAAAGAAAAAACAAACAGCUAUAACUCUUUUUUAGUGGAUGGUGAAGUCCAAUAAUCAUUUCUGUGUAGUUAUUUAUUAUAUAAACACUAGAGGGAGCCAGAGCUCCAAAUCGAAUCCCCGUUCCCAUUCAUCCAGUUGUGUGCGUGGAAAAGAUAAAGUUCCGACCGCUUUGUUACGGUGCUCAUCUACCUUUAGGCUCUCGGAAAUAAU